GCGAAUGUAAAAGGAUCAACGAAGAAGAAGCGGACGAAAACGUCAUCUCGAGUAAUAUCCGUUCUCAUAGAUCCACAGAGCAAGAAUGAACUAAUACCACUUGAAAAACGUGCUGCACUGAUUAAAAAUAUUGUUAUAAUGCAUAAGAGUAAAAAGUGGUGGAUCGAUCCAGCAAUUCAAUUUGAUACAUUGGCUUCGCUGUUCGAACACUACCAGACAAAACCUCUACUCGUUGAAAAAGAUUCAAUUUUACUUAAACGUGGUGUUGGGCUGUGCAGAUGGGAGUUUAAACAUGCAAAUGUCCAAGUAGGGAGGUUACUUGGAAAAGGAGCAUAUGGUGAAGUUAGGAAAGGAACUGUUAUACGAAAGAAUGGACAGAUUGUAAAUGUGGCUGUCAAAACAGUAAGUUUCACUUGA